AAAACAGUUGACAACAUAACCACUCUCGAACUCUAAUCUCAACCCCCACCCCUCUAUAUAACACCCCUUCCUCCUACCUACAAAACAUCCUCAAAUCUCCAACACAACAUCAAAAUGAGGCACUGCAUUUCAAGACAUUGUUUUUUCACACUAGCUUUGUUUGUGUUGCUAACCACAAGCACCCAUGGUAUUGUUGUGCCAACCCAAAACCAACCGAGAAGCUUUGCAAACCAAUUUCUGAUCCCCCAGAAUGCAGCACGUGCGUCGGUGAGGCAGCGUCCCUUGGUGUGGGACUACAAACUGGUACGGUACGCCCAGUGGUAUGCAAACCAGAGGCGCAGUGAUUGUGCCCUGGAGCAUUCGAAUGGCCCUUAUGGUGAGAACAUAUUCUGGGGCAGUGGGACGGGGUGGAAGCCAGCACAGGCUGUUAGUGCAUGGGUUGAAGAGCGUCAAUGGUACAAUUAUUGGCACAAUUCUUGUGCGGAUGGAGAGAUGUGUGGACAUUAUACUCAGAUUGUGUGGAACACUACUAGGAAGGUUGGUUGUGCUAGCGUUGUUUGCUCUGGAGGGAAGGGCACCUUCAUGACCUGCAACUACGACCCUCCUGGUAACUACUAUGGAGAAAAACCUUACUGAAUUUCUCUAAUUAUAACCACUCAGACAACACAUUAUCCUGCCCAUGUUCUCCUCUGCCAUCUGUUUCCCAUGUGGCUUUAAUUCUGCCUCUGUCUCUUGUCUUCAAUCCUGUAACUACUCUGUAUCCUUGUUUUUAUUGCUUGUCUAAUAUCAACACCAAAUUUCUAAUAGUAAUAUGCUUUCUUUCCUUUGCUUUUUGGAUUUCUUUUCUUAACAUUUAAGCAAAUUUGGAAAUCAGAAUAGUUGUUCUUAGGAAUCUGUCCAGUCACACGCAGCAUUUUAAAGCUUUUUUUUUCUAGCUAGAUUUGUGUCGUACUAUGAUCAUCAUAAGCUUGUAUCCGGUUGGUCUCAUCGUUUCCUUUCCAAGAGUGUUGCUAAUGUAAUUUUUGAGGCA